AUGAUUCAAUUGGUGGGAGGUUCUCGUAAUCGAACUCUCGCAAGUGGGAUGAAUAAGAUACGCAAAUUAGCUUAUCAGCCCCAUUCUCUUUGCUCCAAUCUGCUAACGUCCACUAUCUGGUGCAGCGAGGUAGUACGCCUACUGAUAGAACAAGGAGCCAGUGUAAAUCGUGCGGACAGUCGGGAUCGCCAGGCUUUGCACUAUGCAGCCUGUUGUAGCCAGAAUGUGGUUGCAGAGACGCUACUGCAAGCAGGUGCAGACCCAAAUGCUGCAGAUGUCGAUGGUAUGACUCCAUUGAUGGAAGCGUGUGCAAGUGGACAUGAACUCACCACACUCAGCCUUCUGGAAUAUGGAGGAGACCCAUUCCUGAAGAACAACCGUGGUGAAGAUUGCCAAGCGGUUGCGGGCGAUGAGUCGAAGAUCCAGCAACUGAUUGCCGAGCACAUUCAGAGGCGAGCAGCAACUGCGUUUUCUUCAGAAUCUCCACGAGCACCAAGAAAACCGAGAACGCUGGAGGAACUAUUGGAGGACAUGAAUCUUGCUCGACUUGUGGACAAAUUCAAAGCGGAAAACAUCGACUUAAACUUGUUUUUCGAUCUCACUGAUAAGGAUUUCGAGGAAAUGGGUAUAGCGUACGGACCAAAAAAGCGCAUGCUGACUGUAAUUGACCGAUACCGGAAAACUGGACAGAUCUCAUGCGAACCGUUAGAAGUUGAAGUGGUCCCACCACCACCGCCAUAUACGACGGCCGAAGAUGGCAACCAGAAGGAGAUGAUCGUUUCUAUGAGAUAUAUUCGUCAAAUGAACGACAUGACGAAGCAGUUGGCCAUGGAAGCACUGGAGGUGGCUCGGCGAUCCAACAACGGCGAC